AUGAAUGAAUACUACUACACGUACUCCAAACUCCGCCAGGAGUUUGGGCGCCAUUGCUCCUUCAGCCCUACAGAGCCCCGUAUUCUUGGGGUAAUUGACCCUAAUCCGGAGCAAAUGGAACAGCUGAUACCUCAAAACCCCCGCAAUUUUUGUGGCGACACAUUAAUAGAGCUAUCUGAGCACACCGUGAACACGGGCAAUGUCAGUGUCUGCGGCAGGGGGAUGAGGCACGUAGAAGGAGGUUGGCCGAAAGAAGUUGAUCCCACGGACCCGCAAGAAGUAGCCAAGUGGAAAAAACGAGCAGAAAGAGACCCUGCAUUUUUACAGAGCGUUAAACAGCUGACAGCUGACUGCAGCCGCGUGCUACAACAGAACCUCGUGGUUGAUCUUUUUGAAGAUUAUUUUAAAGGCUCAGAGACCUCGAGAGGGAGCGAGCAACGUCUCUACGCGAAAUCAAUUGCCCUUCUUAAGGACAGUCUAGGACAGGGUCAAAGAUCCGUGACAUGCAUUGCCUGGCAUCCUGAAGGUCCCCAGAAGCUUGCUGUCGGUUAUGGCGUGAUGGAGUUCCCGGGACAGCCAGAGUCGCUUCCAACAUCAGCUUUGCUUUGGGACCCGAGCCAUCCAAGCAAUCCGGUAGCGGAGCUAGGAACUUCAAGCCCGGUCGUUUCGUUGGCGUUCAACUCUAAAAUUUCAGAUCUGCUAAUUGGGGGUUGCUACAACGGUGUUGUGUGCUUGUGGGACCUGCGUAAGGGGAUGAAGCCAGUUGAAGUGUCUUGCUCUGGCAGCAGCCACUACGAUCCUGUAUAUGAGGUCGUCUGGACGCAAAGCAAGACGAACAGUGAGUUUGUCUCAGCGUCUACUGACGGCAGAGUCUUAUGGUGGGACUGCAGGAACCUGAAGGAACCGGUUGAAGAGUGCCGCCUCACCCCACCGCCCCAUUCCACUUCAACAGCUAGUGCAGGAUCAUCUCAAGUAGGAAAUGAACAGGAAGAAAGCGAAAAUACAAAACUUUUGGGAGCAAUAUCGCUUGCUUGGUCUCUAGAGGCAGGGCCAACGAAGUUUCUUCUGGGGACUGAGCAGGGUAUUGUACUUAGCCUAAAAACAAGACCGAAACGACCCCCAGAAAUCAAUCAAUGGUUUGGCUGGGAAGAAGGGCAACACUGCGGCACUGUAAGAGCAGUUAGGCGGCAUCCAUUUUAUGGUAAAUACUUUCUGUCAGUUGGCGACUGGACAGCUAAAGUAUGGAUGGAGGAAGUGCGUACCCCGAUUAUCACAACACCAAACCAUCUCGCAUUCCUCACAGAUGGUCAAUGGAGUCCUACACGUCCUGGCUUGUUCAUGGUGACGCGCACUGAUGGCUUCUUGAGCUUUUGGGACUAUUACUACAAGCAGCAAGAGGUCGCGUUCCAGCACAAGGUUGGGACUUCUCCUUUGACUUGCCUUUCUGUUCAUCCACAAGGCGAAAUGGUUGCUGUAGGAGAUGCUGACGGGCGGGUGACUGUGCUGGUCCUGUGCGAAGGACUUUACGUCGCUGCACCUAACGAGAAAGCUGCUGUUUCUUCGAUGCUUGAGCGUGAGGCUAGGCGUGAGAAGAAUAUUGAGGUCACAAAACGGCAAACUGAGUGCAAGAGACAGGAGGAGAAGCCUCAAGCUCGUCCACGCAGUGCUGCUGUUCAAGAAGCUGUUGAAGCCGCCCGCACUGCGUUUUUCAAAUCUAUGGGGAAAGAGUAUGAACCAUCACAAGAAUAG